AUGCUACGGCGUUCUUUUAACCGUCUCGCCUCACACCUCAGCAAGGCGUACCCCGUGAUCGAUCAUACGUUUGACUGCGUGGUAGUCGGUGCAGGGGGCUCUGGGCUUCGUGCCGCAAUGGGUGUUGCCGCCUCGGGUUAUAAUGUGGCAUGCGUCUCCAAGUUAUAUCCCUCCCGUUCCCACACAAUUGCGGCUCAGGGAGGUAUCAACGCUGCUCUCGGAAAUUGCGAGGAGGAUGACUGGCGUUGGCAUGUGUAUGAUACAGUGAAGGGAAGUGAUUGGUUAGGUGACCAGGAUGCAAUUCAGUACAUGUGUCAGGAAGCACCUUGCGUGGUGUCGGAAUUGGAGAGCAUGGGUCUUCCAUUUCUCCGUACAAAGGAUGGCUUCAUCUACCAGCGAGCAUUCGGUGGACAGUCUAUUCACUAUGGUGGGAAGCAGGCAAGGCGGACAUGUGCGGCAUCCGAUCGCACGGGGCAUGCGAUGUUGCACACACUGUAUGGCCAGUCCUUCCAGUACGGAGUGAAUUUCUUUAACGAAUAUUAUUGUCUGGACUUGAUGGUGGAGGACGGCUGUUGUCGUGGCAUUGUUGCGAUGAGCAUAGACGAUGGUACUAUCCACCGUUUCCGCUCAAAGUAUACCAUCCUUGCAACGGGUGGGUAUGGUCGGUGCUGGUUCACAACCACCAGUGCUAAGUCAUGCACGGGUGAUGGAACAGCGAUGGUGGCUCGUGCCGGUUUGGCCGCAGAGGAUAUGGAGUUUGUGCAGUUCCAUCCGACGGGUAUUUAUGGACCAGGAGUUUUAAUUACUGAGGGGUCACGAGGUGAGGGAGGUUACCUUAUUAACAGCGAGGGGGAGCGUUUCAUGGAGCGGUAUGCUCCGAAAGCGAAGGAUCUGGCAUCUCGCGAUGUGGUGUCGCGUGCCAUCACUCUCGAACUGCUCGCCGGUCGUGGUUGUGGGCCAAAGAAGGAUCAUGUUCUUCUUCAGUUACAUCACCUCCCACCAGAGCAGCUUCGCCAAAAGCUUCCGGGUAUCUCUGAGAGCGCUCACAUAUUUGCUGGUGUGGAUGUAACGAAAGAAUCCAUUCCCAUUGUGCCCACCGUUCACUACUCCAUGGGUGGCGUCCCCACGCUUUGGACGGGUGAGGUCGUAAACCCACGCAAUGGUGAUGACGAUGCGAUUGUACCGGGUCUCCUUGCGGCAGGGGAGUGCGCUUGCGCGAGCGUUCAUGGCGCUAAUCGGCUGGGCGCCAACUCGCUGCUGGACAUUGUGGUGUUUGGUAAGUCGUGCGCCAACACCGUCAUUUUUAACCUAACGAAAGAGGGACGGGCGCAACCCGAGUUGCGAUCAGAUGCAGGUGAGAGUUCCAUUGCUGAUCUUGACAAAAUCCUUCAUAAUAAGGGUGAUAUCCCCGUUGCCCGCAUUCGUGAGCGCAUGAAGGAAACAAUGGCUCUCUACGCUGCCGUGUUCCGGACGGAGGAGAGCAUGCUUAAGGGCCAAGCAAUCAUCGAGGAAUGCUACAGGGAUUACUCACAUGUUUUCGUCCACGACAAGUCUCCAGUAUGGAACAGCAACCUCAUUGAGGCACUUGAGUUACGGAAUUUACUUUACAACGCACUCAUGACAAUCGCUAGUGCGGCAGCGCGGCGGGAGUCCCGUGGGGCCCAUGCGCGUGACGACUACCCGGAGCGGGAUGACCACAACUGGAUGAAGCACACGCUUGCGUACAUUAAUGAUAAGGAGGGUAAAGCGAAACUGGCUUACCGCCGUGUGCACAGUGAGAUGUUGACAAGUGAAUUAGAUAGCAUUCCGCCAGCGAAGCGCGUCUACUAG